AUGGCGGCUAAGUACGGCCUAAUGCUACAUCAGAUGGACGUCAAGACAGCGUUUCUUAACGGCUCCCUCAACGAAGACAUCUACAUGGACCAGCCGGACGGAUACCUGGAUGCAACACAGCCGGACUAUGUGUGCAAGCUAAAGAGAUCACUCUACGGCUUGAAGCAAUCGCCUCGCAUGUGGAACCAAACAAUCGAUGGGUUCAUGAUCAAGAUAGGAUUCAAGAAGUGCGAAUCGGACCACUGCAUCUACAUCAAGCGAGACGACCAAGACAUGAUUCUCGUGGUGCUCUACGUCGAUGAUCUCAUCCUGGCCAGCAGCAACAACGAACUCCUCAAGUCAACCAAGAUGGCGCUGAGCAAACGCUUCGAAAUGACGGAUCUCGGUGAGCUCGAUUACUUUCUCGGCAUGGAGAUCAAGAACGACCGUAAGACGGGAAUGGUGACUGUACAACAAACCAAGUUUCUCAAGUCCGUGUUAACCAAGUUCGGAAUGGAUAACAGCAAGCCAGUGAAGACGCCUCAAGAUCCCGGCCUGAAGCUAACCAAGAACAUGUGUGAACAAGAAUGCAAGCACGAAGACACCAUGUGCAACGUGCCAUAUCGAAGUGCUGUCGGAGGCAUCAUGUAUCUCAUGGUCGCCACACGUCCGGAUCUAGCUGCUGCAGUGGGAUCAUUAUCCCAGUUCUCGUCCGACCCAUGCCCGACUCACUGGCAAGCUUUGAAGCGUGUGCUGAGAUACCUGCAAGCAACGCCCAAUCAUGGUCUUGAGUUUACACGUGAAGAAGGAAGCCGUAUCUGCGGGUACACCGACGCAGACUGGGCCGGCGACAUUGAGUCAAGACGAAGUACAAGCGGCUAUGUGUUCAUGAUGAGCGGAGGAUGCAUCAGCUGGAAAAGCCAGAAACAACGGACGGUCGCGCUAUCUUCAACAGAAGCAGAAUACAUGGCGCUUUCCGAAGCAACCAAAGAAGCAGUAUGGCUCAAGUUGUUGUUGGGGGAACUUGGUGAGAUGACAAGCGACGAAGCGAUCAAGAUGUAUGAAGACAACCAAGGAUCAAUCGCUCUCGCCAAGAACCCGGAGUUCCAUAAGAGAACAAAACACAUCGACAUACGCUACCAUUUUGUGCGUGAGAAGGUGGAAUCAGGUGAAGUCGUUUUGGAGUAUUGCCCGACUCAAGAUAUGCUGGCAGACAUGAUGACCAAGCCGAUCGCCGCUGUACAAUUUGAAAACAUUCGCGAUCGACUUGGGAUCCAAGGUGCCGCAGCUAACGAGUCGAGAGGGAGUGUUGAAAAGACAGCGGCUGUGAAGAAGACACCUCGUCAAGCUGCGUCAAGUGUUGAAGCAAGUGGAAGACCAAGCUUCGCUAUACCGGUGGGUACCGGUAUGUACCAGUAA